AACGGGACACCCAAAAGACAUGUGGUGGGGUGGGCUUUUGGACACAUUGCCCGAGACUGAAAAAACUUGAAUGACUAGCAGUGUUGUAGUUUCAGUCACUUUGCCUAUUGCCAUAGUAGCUAUUAUAUUCAUCGUGCUAGUUUUUUGUUCUCCAAGGUCCCAGGACGAUAGAAGAAGUUGGUAUGAGUUUGGCGUAUUUCUUCCUGAACUUUUAUGGAGAAGAAUUACUGGAGCUCCCCCACCUAGUAGGUUCCAAGGACGACAAGGUCGAAAGCGAAAAGUGGAAGGCUUAACAAAAACAGAAAUUAGAAUGGCUUGUCCAGAGGUUGUUUUCAGAGGUACACGUCAUCCUUCAGAAAUUGUAACGGCGGGUUUGCGUUUUGAAAGAAAGGGAACAGCGCAAACUAAUCAGAAAAGCCUUCCGUGUAACGAUUCCUCUGAAAGAGUUUCGAGUGCUCCUGUAAAUAGUUCAGAAGUUAUUUUGCAAGGGUUUGAAAGUGCCCGUUUUGGACCAGUAUCUCAUACGGGUCACAAGGUUUUCGAGAAACAAGAAGGCGUGGAAAGCUUUGGAAUUCCAACAAUAGAAACUGAUGAAAUUAAACCCAUUGUAGAAGAUGGAACUGAAAUGUUUGCAGAGAAACGAAAUUCGUCGAAGGAUUCUUCAAGGAGCACCAGAAACUCCGAAGCUCUUUCAUUGGUUCACGUACCUGCGGCACCAGGUCAUAUCUUUCAGUUUGUUUUGCCAUUGAGGUGGGUGACACAUGAGACUGAACCAUUGGAGCCUUAUCAAGUUGCAGAAAAGGAAGGUAUUGUGCUCGGUAGUUUCUAUAUUCCAGACGAAAUGUGUGCAGUCUGCUUGGACCCUAUUAUGCCUGGAGUGAAACUGCGUGUCUUACAAUGUCGUCAUGCGUUUCACUCUCCUUGUAUUGAGCAGUGGCUGCGCUCAGCCAAUAGGUGUCCACUUUGUAACACACCUCCCAUACCUGUUUUCGAAGAAGAGGACAUGGAAGAAGAUUCCUUGGAAUGUCAACUAGGAGUUAGUCUAGGAGAUCCCAGUAGAGCGACAUAUUGGCAAAGUUCAGCCUAUCGCACUGUUGUGAAAAGUUAUAAUGCGCGAUGUUGGCUACAGGAGUUCGAAACAACUUGAACUUAGAUAUAAUUUCGCAUUGCAAGUCCAUGUAACUAUAUUUGCUAAUAUGGUAACAGCAGAAUUUUUCCUUAUAAUUCGUGUAAAUUUUUAUCCUUUGGAAGGCUUUGAAACGAGAUUUGGAGUACAGGAUUAAAAGCCUGAUUUCUUUAGUUUUGUAAACAUGUGACACAUGCUGCUCUUUCGAAUGUUCAAAAGAAUAUCUGUGCAAAUGGCUUAUUUUGAUCUUUCAAGUUGUUACUCUUGGCACUCAAGUUUUUCCAUCAGAAGAGACAGAAAGCCAACCCUAGUCUAAGCUUUACUUCGUAUGACAAGACACAUUUCAAUCGUAACCAUGCCUUUUGCCACUUCCCUUUGUUCCAACUGUCAAGCUGCAAAAGUAUAUUAGUGCAAUAUUCAUAACACUUGUUUGAACUAUUUAAAAGAGAGCAAUUGUUUACGUUGACUGCAAUAAUGAACUUUUCGUUUCUUGCCAAAUACAAUUCAAGCUCAUUUCGCAUUCUAGAAAAUCUUUCAAAAAAAAGUUCAGAUUUCGCUUUUCUCUGACAAAACUAAGUGCUCUUUUGCUUGAUAUUAAAGAAAGGUUUGAUUAU